UUCAUCACAGUUUCCAUUUUCAAUAAACGCAACUACACAGAAUAUCUCCAUAAUCGUACUUCAUGAUCAAAUCCCAGAUGGAGAAAACUUUGAAUCAAGAAGUAGAAGAAAAGAAAGAAGAAACAUUUUACUCUCCCAAUUGUAUAGAGGAGAAAAAUGAAGAGAUGCAAAGCAAUGGUGAUGAUGAAAAGAAGAAGAUUCAUCAAUUGAGAGAGUUAGCUGCAAAGCAAGAUCCAGCUUGCAAGGAAGUAGAUGUAGCGACAUUGAGAAGAUUUCUUCGUGCUCAUGAUCUUGACAUCGAGAAGGAUUCUGCGAUGCUGAUCAAGUACAUGGCAUGGAGGCGAAAAUUCGUCCCAAGAGGCUCGAUUUCAGCAUCUGAGGCUCCCAAUCACAUAGCACACAACAAGGUGUUUAUGCAAGGCACGGAUAAGAGAGGUUGUCCCGUUGCACCCGUUUUCGGUGCUAAGCAUUUUCCCAGCAAAGGAACCUAUGAAGAACUCAAAAAUUACCCAGAAAGACUCAAGAAACUAUUCUUUGUUCAUGUAUCGUACGUAUUCAUGACGUCAUGGAAGAUUGUGUACCCAUUUGUUGACAAAAAUGUGGCUUCGAGGCAUGAUUUGCUAGUAUAUGUGGGCGGAGUAGCCCCACGAAAUGGAAAGGGACCAAUUGCUCUGCUUGUGGUAGCAGAUGGUCUGCUGCAGCAUACGGGACUGUUUUUCACUGCCGUGGGGUCGGAGGUAGGGAUUUUGAGGGUCAGAGGGUUGGGUAAUGGCAUAUUCCGGUGGCAUUCAUGGACGGACGGUGAGAUCGGUCGACCCCACUCGACCCCACCUGGGUCUGUCAUUGCGUGCAUUGGUCUCUUGCAAGAACUUCGUUAG